AUGGGGGUACCUGAACAGGGAAGUGAGCAGAGAGAAAAUGUGAAUGAGAGGGAUGAUGAGGCAACUCAGGUUGGUGACAAUGAUGAUGAUAAUAAUGAUGAUGAUGAUGAUGUUGAUGCUCAUCCUACUGUUUCUGAAAACAUUCAAUUGGGCGCGAUAAUAGAUAAUCUUGAUAACAUUUUUGGUGAAAAUCAAGAUCAACAAACUUGUCCGACUCUUCAGAGCUUAUCUUUUGAUAUUGAUGAGUUUGGCAAUGAUUACGAUGAACUGCAUCAAUUAUUGGAUGCUAUUUCGUUUCAAGAAGAUGAUGGAGUUCAAGUUGAAAAUGUUGAGAGAUUGAGUGAAGGGGACAGAGAAAAAAAAUGGAGAGGGUGA